AUGCUUCUAGGUUGGAGGCCAUUCCUUCCAGGUUGGGGGCCAUCGCUCUUCCAUAAGGAGUUAUCUCAAAUUUUCGCAGCCCAGGAGCCAUCUUUGAAGAGAUGUCGGUUGAGCUCGCCUGGUUUGCAUAUGCUGCUGCCACAGUGCGGCGCCUUUCAGCCACAGCUCUUUGAGAACUUUGACCCGUGUCCAGGUGUGCUUGGGGCUCCGAACCAUGGAGUGUUUCUCUCUUUGUAUGGGGGCAGUUCCCGUGUGGCCAAAUCUUGGCAAGAGAUGGGUCGAGAGGCGAUCGUGCUGGACACGGCGCACAAUGCCGCCAACGACUUGGGAACAAGCGAGGCGCUUGAUACGAUUCUUCGGAUGCUUCAAGCCACAGAUCCUGAUUGA